GCCUAUCAAAGCAUUUUCCUUAACAUAUUAUUGAAUUCCUACACUGAAAAUCGGAAGUUAUAUGCGGCCUGUGGUGGUGCGUAUUGAUCAGCCGUAAAGUGCAUAUCGAGCGGGAGCAGCAUGGAGGCCAGCGCCAACUCCGCCGAGAAAUCUGGAAACGAAUCCGAGAAGGGCGAAAAUGCCGAAUACGAGGAUAGCCAACAACGUGAGAGUGAUCCCCAGAAUCCAAGCCAUUCGCCCAGUGCACUAAAGGGGGACAAAUCGCGCAAGAGCAGGCGGGGCGUGCGAGCGGUAUUCAAGGAUCGACCCACCAAAUUUAUCGAAGAUGACAGUCUUAAGAUCAAGACGGGCGCCUCACUCAUACCCGAUCUGAAUCUGAUAAUAAAUCGUAUGCGCAACAUGAAGGACGACAGCUACGUGUAUCUGGAUUACAUGCUGCCCAAGCAUAGCGAGUACUUUACCCCGUACAGCCUGCGCGAGGUGGAGUUUGCGAAUUUGAAUAUAUACAAGCCCUACUAUACGGUCACACGGCAUGGCGUCACCUAUUGGCGUGUAUCUGAGAAUUUUUUCACACCGCUGAAUCAGUGGCAACAGGAGUUCCAGCAAUUCCUGAGCAUCAUCCAAAUUCGCACAUUCUCCAUCUUUCGUUUGUGGAAGGGCUUCAAGGUGUGGGAGAAGACGAUCAAAUGGCGCAAACUGAGCUUUGCCCGCACCCAUUUGCAGAACAAUCUCUUUAUCGUUAUACCCCAGCUGGCCAAGGCGAUUCUACGUAUGCGCUCCGAUAUUGUUGUAUUGGAGCGUCUCAGCUUUGUCAAUAUUGAGAAUAUCGAGGAAUGGCAUCCCUUCUAUUUCCUUGAGCUACAUAUGCGCAUCUAUGAGCAGCUAAACUAUCUAUUCCAUGAAUUUCGCAGUUUUGUGGGCAAAGCUCUAUAUCGUUCCUGCACAGAGGCCAUUAUGGCGCGCGGUUUCUAUCCGGACGAUGAGAUCAAUUAUUAUCCCUCAGUCAAGAAAAUGCGAGAAGCACACAGCUUUAUGGAUCGUGCGCGCAAGCGGGCCUUCUGCAAAACGCUAACCAAUUUUCUCACCUUCUGCGAUAUGAUGCUGUAUCAAGCGCUCUAUCGGGUGACUAUUCAGAGCUUUGAGGAACUGAAUCAUGCGUUCAAUGAGCAUCACCAGGUGGCGCCAACGGAGGCGGAAAUAGUGCGUCACGAUCGUUUGGAUACAAAAAUCGAGAAGCCGCGACCGCCGAAUGCGCCACAGAAUCCAUUCUUUCUCGCUCAGCUGCGUCUGUUGCCCGAUCGCAUCGAGGUGGAACCCUUGGAGGAGAUCUUAAGGCUCAUCUUUCAGCGCAUUACAGGCUUGAUCUUGGAAACAGUGCUGGAUAUACAACCGUUUACCACAGAUGCCGAAUUUACACAGUACACAAAGCCAUCGAUCAUGGGCCGUCAGGAGGAGUGUCUGUAUCAGAGUGCGCCGGAGUUGACCUUUCUGUUGAAACAAGAUGUUUCGUUCAAUUUCAAUCGUAAAAAUAUAUUCGUUUUGAUACGCACGGCAUACGAGAUGGCGCGUCUUUAUACGGAACGCUUUAAUGACAUACGGGAGAACUAUGAGAUUGAUGCUACCACGGAUCCCGAGGAUCUCAGUAGCGAGCGGGACCUUACUGCGCUGCGCAACUAUUGUGAUCGCUACUGCAACAAUGUGAGAGCCUUGGAUGGUAUUCUGGAUCAUGUAUUUCUGGGUCUCUUAAAAUUAGGCCAGAGCGGCUUUAAGGAUGCGGUUACGCCCGUCUGCCAGCGUUUGCAAAGUGUUUUGGCUGUAUACUUGCCCCAGCUGGCCGAGGAAGAGACCACGAAACUGUAUGAGGAUGCUCAAGAUUUCUAUGGACGCAUCGGCUAUGAGCCACAAACAACACUUCAGCUGGUCGCUCACAUUCGCUUCCUGGACAAUUGUCACCAAGAGCUUGAUGAGCUCUUCUUAGUUAUAGAUUAUAUACAUGAUUUGUUGAUAAUCAUCAAGGACUUUAAUAUACCGAUUGAUGAUGAGCGCAAAGAGGACUACAUGGACACGGAGGACUAUCUGAAUCGCACCAGGGAAACACUGGGCGAGAUACUUGAGAAGCGGCAGGACUUUAUCAACCAGCUCGACGAAGUAAUGCAGGACGAUAUCAAUGCUCUCAAAGAGGACAUACACGAAGUGGCUAUCGAGGCCAUCGAAGAUUGGCUACUUAUGAGCAAAUCGGACCGCAAUAAAGUAAAUACGAAACUGGACGAUCUGCUGAGCCGCAUGAACGCGUGUCGGGAACGGGCAGAUGAGCUAAUUGGUUAUCAAAAGGAAUUCCAAAUUGAUCUAACCAUGUACGAGGAGAUGGACUCAGGCUUCUAUGAUAUACGACAGCGACAAAAUCUGUACAAGACAUUGAUAGACUGGGAAGAGGCACUUACCAGCUGGUUGGUAUCCGACUUUAAUGGUUUGCCCGUGGCUGAUAUGAUUGAGCUCAACCUGAAGACCAUCAAGAACUGCAUGCAAUUCCAGAAGUACUUGCCCCAAAACGAUAUUGUGCCGGUGCUGCAAAAGUCCGCCGAGGAUUUCAAAGAGAAACUUCCGGUUAUUGGCUAUCUGCGUAAUCCCAAUCUGCGUGCGCGCCAUUGGACUGAGAUUGAGGAUCUGCUGGGCAGAAAGUUCUUUCAGGAGCCCAACAUCAAGAUUUCCACCUACGAAGAGUCUCACGCCUUCGAUGAUGAAGCCAAUGCAGAGGCUCUUAUGCAAAUCUCCUCUCAGGCAACGGGUGAAACCCAGCUGGAGAACAUGCUCAAAGCCAUUGAGACGAUGUGGAAGGAAACGGAAUUAUCCAUUGUACCGCAUCAUGAUCAAAAGGAUGUCUUCCUUCUUGCCGGUACCGAAGAGCUGCAGGCGGUCUUGGAUGAUGCCAAUGUGAAUAUCAAUACCAUAGCCGCAUCGAAAUUCGUGGGACCCAUCAAAGCGCGCGUGGAUGAGUGGAUAGCGGCUCUGGAUCAAUUUGGCAAAACCUUCGAGGCUUGGAUGGAUUGCCAGGGCGCUUGGAUCUACUUGGAGGCUAUCUUUGCCUCUGCUGAUAUACAGCGCCAGCUGCCCAAUGAAGCAAAAAUGUUCAAUCAGGUGGAUAAGAACUUCAAGGAGAUUGUCCGUCAGGCCAAAAAGGUUGCAUUGGCACUGCCCACCAUGUCCAGCGUAGAGGUCUACGACAUGCUCAUGGAGGACAAUCGCCUACUCGAUGCGAUAUCACGCGGCCUGGAAGCCUAUUUGGAAGUGAAACGUGUCGUUUUUCCCAGAUUCUACUUUCUGUCCAACGAUGAGCUGCUUGAGAUUCUCGCCCAGACGCGCAUACCGCAGGCGGUGCAGCCCCAUUUGCGCAAAUGCUUCGAUGCUAUUUACCGGCUGGAGUUCGGCCAAAAGGAGAGUGGUGAUGGCAAAAUGGUACCCACCAAUGAUAUUAUUGCCUUUCUCUCACCCGAGGGCGAGAAGCUGCAGUUUGGCAAGGGCUUGAAAGCACGCGGCGCCGUCGAGGAGUGGCUGAGCAAAGUGGAAGAUGCAAUGUUUGUGUCCGUCAAGCGUUAUAUGCGCUUUGGAUAUCAGUGCUAUGGAGCUAAGGAGCGUGACGAAUGGUUUCAGGAUCAUCCCAAUCAGGUGGUGCUCACCGUUUCCCAGGUGCAAUGGGCCGCCGACAUUCAUCGCAUCUUCGAGGGGAAAGAGAAGACAGCGAUCAGCAUCAUUGAAAAGAUGGCCAAGUUUGAGGUGAAAUGUCUACAGGAUCUCGGCGCACUGGCGGCCCUUACACGCAAAAACAUAACCUCGCUAUUGCGCAAGAUCCUUUGUGCACUAAUUACCAUCGAUGUGCAUGCCAAAGACUCGGUACGCAUGCUCAUCGAGAAGGGCGUCUGGAGUCCCAACGACUUCAAUUGGCUUAAGAUGCUGCGCUUUUAUUGGGCCAUCGAAACAGAGACUGUCUUUUCGCGCAUGGCCGCCGCUAAUAUACCCUAUUAUUAUGAGUAUCUGGGCGCUGGCGGUGUCCUGGUGCUGACCCCACUCACGGAUCGAUGCUAUCUCUGCCUAAUGGGCGCCUUUCAAAUGGACUUGGGCGGUGCACCCGCCGGACCAGCCGGUACGGGCAAAACGGAGACCACCAAAGAUUUGGCCAAGGCAUUGGCUAAGCAGUGCGUGGUAUUCAACUGCUCCGAUGGCCUUGACUACAAGAUGAUGGGCCGCUUUUUCUCUGGCCUGGCACAGUGCGGCGCCUGGUGCUGCUUUGACGAGUUCAAUCGUAUUGAUAUCGAGGUGUUGUCUGUAAUUGCCCAGCAGCUGAUUACUAUACGCACAGCCAAGGCCAUGAAGGUGAAACGCUUCAUGUUUGAAGGUCGCGAGAUUAAGAUCAAUCACUCAUGCUGCGUCUUUAUUACCAUGAAUCCGGGCUAUGCUGGCCGCACGGAGUUGCCCGACAAUCUGAAGGCUCUUUUCCGUCCCAUAUCUAUGAUGGUGCCCGAUUAUGCGCUGAUCUCUGAGGUCAUUCUCUAUUCGGAGGGCUUUGAGAAUCCCAAGAUUCUGGCACGCAAGAUGGUGCAGAUGUACCAGCUCUGCAGUCAACAGCUCAGCCAGCAGAAUCAUUAUGAUUUCGGCAUGCGAGCCGUCAAAUCUGUCCUGGUCAUGGCUGGCGCACUCAAGCGAGCUGCGCCCAACCAGCAAGAGGAUAUAACCCUGAUUGCCGCUCUGCGCGACUCAAAUAUACCCAAGUUCUUGGCCGAUGACGCGGUACUCUUCCGUGGCAUACUUAGCGAUCUGUUCCCGGGCGUCGACCUGCGCGACUCACAACAUCCACACUUAGAGGCUAGCCUUCGACUUGGCCUGAGGCAAAAGAAUCUACAGCCAGUGCCCACCACCAUACGCAAGUGCCUGCAGCUAUACGAGACGAUGUGUGUGCGCUGGGGUGUUAUGACAGUGGGUCCCACGGGGGGUGGCAAAUCUGUGGUUCUGCAUGCGCUGGAGUUUGCAUUGGCACAUCUAUUCGAGAACGAGAUAGCGGAUCCCAACUUUCGACCUGUUGUCAUACAAACAAUGAAUCCCAAGGCGGUUAGCAUGAACGAACUGUACGGCUAUGUGGAUGCCAAGACGCUAGAGUGGCAGGAUGGUCUACUUGGCCUGGCGGUGCGCACUGCCACCCUUGUGGAGGAGGAAAUCCAUCAGUGGAUCAUGUGCGAUGGCCCAGUGGAUGCCGUAUGGAUUGAGAACUUAAACACUGUGCUGGAUGAUAAUAAAAUGCUGUGUCUGGCAAACUCUGAGCGUAUUAAGCUAACAGCCUGGAUACACAUGCUCUUCGAGGUACAGGAUCUGCUGCAGGCCUCGCCAGCGACGGUCUCUCGUUGCGGCAUGGUGUACGUCGAUCCUGGAGAUCUUGGCUGGAUACCGCUGGUCGAUACGUGGCGCGAAGUUGACAUGAGCAAAAAGCUAACCCCAGUCCUAGAUGAAUUCCUCUAUCAACUGUUCAUCGGCUAUUUCGAGAAGGCGCUAAAAAUCGAACGCAAACGGGCCUCCUACACCAUACACCAAGUGCUCGGCUCCAAGGUUCGACUGUGCUGCUCGCUAAUCUCGUCGCAGCUGGAGGGCGUAAAGUGGAGUACGCUGGCCGACGAGCCGGCCAAGAAUCUGAUCACAAAGAUCUUUGCUUGGUGCGUGCUCUGGGCAAUCGCGUCCAAUUUAAAAGAUGCCGAGAAAUUGUCCUUCGAGGACUUUUGGGGCAGGGCCAUGGCCGUUCAUCCGAAUAUGGACAUGCCACCACGCACCCUGUGGAAUUAUCGGGUGGAUCUAGAGACCAACGAUUGGGGUGGCUGGAACGAAAUAAUGCCCAAGUUUAAAUUCAGAUCGGAUAUAUCCUACUACGAUAUGCAGGUGCCAACGGUGGAUACCACCAAAUAUGGCUAUGUAGCUGAUCUGCUAUUCAAGCGAGAUUUCCCAGUGAUGGUAACCGGCGAUACAGGUGUGGGCAAGACUGUGCUCGCCAUCAGCUGCAUGAAGCGUCUGGCCGAGGGUAAGGUCAUACCCGUGGUGCUGAAUUUCUCGGCUCAAACAAGCAGUAUGCGCACCCAGGAGAUGAUCGAAGGGCCGCUGGAGAAGCGUAAAAGGACACAAUUGGGUGCACCGGUGGGCAAGACGGUCAUCAUAUUCAUUGACGAUGUCAACAUGCCCAAAUUGGAUACGUACGGCAGCCAGCCGGCCAUCGAACUGCUCAGACAGUUUCUGGACUUUAAGGGUUUUUACGAUCGCGAGAAACUGUUUUGGAAGGACAUUCUGGAUGUGGUAUUGGGCUGUGCCUGUGCACCGCCCGGUGGUGGACGCAAUUUGUUGACGCCACGCUUUGUUCGGCACUUUGCCCUAUUUUCGCUACCCAAGCCCAAUGAGGAGACCCUAACACAAAUCUUCAAUGGCAUACUGUUGGGCUUCCUGCAGACUUUCUCGUCGGCUAUCCGUGCGCUCUCCGAAUCCAUUGUGCACGCCUGUGUGGAUGUUUAUAUGCGUGUGACUAAAGUUAUGCUGCCCACACCGGAUCGUUCCCAUUAUAUAUUCAAUUUGCGUGAUCUUUCCAAGUGCAUACAGGGCAUACUGCAGGCGAACAACAUGUACUACAAUAUGGAGAAUCAAAUAUUGCGUUUAUUUUACCAUGAGACAACGCGCGUCUUUCAUGAUCGUCUGAUCAACACGGAGGACAAGGCGAUCUUUCAGGGCCUGAUGAAUGAUGUGUGCAAAUAUCAUUUCGAACGCGAGGUCGUCGGCCGCGAGGAGCCGGCCAUACUGUUUGGCGACUUUAUGGUCUUUGGCAAGCCGAAACACGAACGCAUCUACGAGGAGGUCAAGGAUCAUGCCAAGCUGGAGAGCGUGCUCAAUGAUUAUAUUGCCGACUACAAUUCCAUGUCGACGGGCAAGUAUAUGAAAUUGAUACUAUUCCAGGAUGCCAUGGAGCAUACGGUCCGACUGGCACGCCUCUUGCGCAGCGAUCGUGGCAAUGGUUUGCUUGUGGGCGUCGCCGGUAUGGGUAAACAAUCCCUGACCCGUCUGGCCUCGCACGUCAACGAAUACAACUGUUGGCAAAUCGAAAUGAGGCGCAACUAUGAUCUCAACUCCUUUCACGAGGAUCUGCGCGUUCUCUACCGCAUUGGGGGGAUUGAAAACCAGCCCGUUACGUUUCUGCUAAUUGACAGCCAAAUCGUUGAGGAGGAAUUCCUGGAAGAUAUCAAUAAUAUUCUAAACUCUGGCGAAGUGCCCAACUUGUUUGAGGGCGAUGAAUACGAGAAGGUAAUACUGGAUGCCCGAGAUGCCUGCAAUGAAUCCAAAAAGGAUGAGAGCUGCCCACGCGAUGAGAUCUACAAGUUCUUUAUCAAUAGAGUGAGAAACAAUCUUCAUGUGGUCAUGUCCAUGAGUCCGGUGGGUGAUGCUUUUCGGCGACGUUGCCGCAUGUUCCCCUCACUGGUCAAUUGUACCACCAUUGACUGGUUUACCAGUUGGCCCACCGAAGCGCUAUAUUCGGUGGCCUUGGGACUGCUGACAAAGAUAGCUCCGAAUAUGAAUGAGAGAGUGGCUCUGGCCAGCACAACCGUCUUCAUGCACAAGACCGUGGAGGAGGCCUCUGUGCGUUUCUACAAGGAGAUGAAGCGGCAUUAUUAUACCACGCCCAGCAGUUACCUAGAGCUGUUAAAACUCUAUCAGAGCCUGCUCAAGCUUAAGACGCAGGAGAUUGUAGCCAAACGAAAGCGCAUUGCCAGCGGUCUGAACAAGCUGCUGGAGACCAACGAGGUGAUUGCAGUCAUGCAAAAGGAGUUGGAAGUAAUGGUGCCGCAACUAGAUGAAAAGUCUGCCAUGAUGAAGGGCUUGGUGGAUAAUCUAACCAAGGAGACAAAACAGGCUGACGCUGUCAAACAGAGCGUCAUGGAGGAUGAGGCCAAUGCCAAAGAGAAGGCAGCCAUUGCCCAGGCCAUAUCCGAAGACGCUAGCAAGGAUUUGGAGACAGCCAUGCCGGCUCUCCGUGAUUCCGAGGAGGCGCUCAAGGGUCUAACUAAGGCCGACAUUAAUGAACUGAAAUCGUUUACCACACCGCCAGCCCUAGUGCAGUUCUGUAUGGAAGCUGUUUGCAUUUUGUUGGGUGCCAAACCCACCUGGGCCUCAGCCAAAGCAAUUAUGGCUGACAUCAACUUUAUCAAGCGACUCUUCGAAUACGACAAGGAACACAUGAAGGACGACGUGGUAAAGAAGGUCAAAAAGUACAUAGAACACAAGGACUUUGUGCCAGCUAAAUUCGAGAAGGUAUCGAAAGUAGCCAAGUCCGUGAGCAUGUGGGUCAUUGCCAUGGACAGUUUCAACAAGGUCUACAAGGUGGUUGAGCCAAAGAUAAAGCGAAAAGAGGCCGCCGAAGCGGAACUGAAGGAUGUCAUGAAGGUGCUUCGCCAGAAACAGAAAGAGCUGGCCGCUGUUGAGGCUAAAAUACAAUCGCUGCGCGACAGCCUGGAGGAGAAACAGCGCGAAUUCCAGGUGAUACAGGACAAUGUGGAUCUAACGUACGGUCGCAUCAAUCGUGCUGGACGCCUUACCUCGGCACUCGCCGAUGAACAAGUGCGCUGGCGUGAAACUGUUAAAUCACUUACCGCUGAUCUUGGCUGCGUACCUGGCGAUGUGCUGGUUGCCGCCGCCUGCGUUGCCUAUUUGGGCGCCUUCUCGAAUCAAUAUCGUCGGGACAUGAGCCAGCUGUGGGUGGACAAGUGCCGGGAGUUUAGCAUUGCCUCGAGCAAGGAGUUCAAUCUGCUUAAGGUGUUGGGCGAUGCGUACGAGAUGCGUCAGUGGAAUGUCGACGGCUUGCCGAAGGAUAACAUAUCCAUUGAGAAUGGCAUUUAUGCAACGCGUGCCUUGCGUUGGGCACUCAUGAUCGAUCCGCAGGAGCAGGCCAAUCGCUGGAUACGCAACAUGGAGAAGGCCAACAAUCUGCAGGUAAUCAAAAUGACAGACGCCUCCAUGAUGCGGGUGCUGGAGAACAGCGUGCGUCAGGGCAAUCCGGUGCUGCUGGAGGAACUGGAUGAGACUAUAGAUCCCUCGCUGCGACCCAUACUUCAGCGUGAGACGUACAAGUUUGAGGGACGCGUCUAUCUCAAGCUGGGCGACCAGAUCAUUGACUACGAUGAUAAUUUUAAGCUCUAUAUGACCACCAAGCUGCCCAAUCCGCAUUAUCUGCCCGAAGUGUGCAUCAAUGUGACGCUGGUCAACUUUCUGGUCACCGAAAGCGGCCUCGAGGAUCAGUUGCUGGCAGACAUUGUCGCCAUUGAGCUGCCCGCCAUGGAGGCGCAACGCAACGAUCUUGUGGUCAAGAUCAAUGCGGACAAACAGCAACUGUUAUCGCUGGAGGAUAAGGUGCUCAAGCUGCUCUUCAACUCCGAGGGCAAUAUUUUGGAUGAUGAGGAGCUUGUGGAAACGCUCAAUGAUGCCAAGGAAACUUCAUUGAUUAUUGCCGCACGUCUCAUUGAUACGGAAGAAACGGAGAAAGUUAUUACAGCUUCGCGUGAACGUUAUCGCAUCCUUGCAUCUCGUGGUGCCAUUCUCUACUUUGUUGUCGCCGGCCUGGCCGAGAUCGAUCCCAUGUACCAGUACAGUCUGAAGUAUUUUACGCAGGUCUUUUGCAAUGUACUACGCCUUGAUCAUCCCGUCAUGACUGUCGAGGUGCGCAUCUCCACGCUGAUGGUUGAUGAACUGAGGGCUAUCUAUGAUAAUAUAUCGCGCGGUCUAUUUGAGAAUCACAAGCUUAUCUUUAGCUUCCUGCUGGCGCUGUCUGUGGAGCGACAAGAGGGUCGGGUUAGUGAAGAAGAGUUCAGUUUUCUAACUCGUGGUGCUGUUGGCGCUGUGCGUUCCAAGGCGCAGCCACCGGGCUUGAAAUUAAGUCAAGUUGAAUGGGAUUCGGCCUUAUAUCUGGAACAGCACUUUAAGGAAGCCUUUACGGGCUUCUCCAGCGAGCUGAACAGGCCGUUCUUUUUGCAGCUGCAGGACAACAAAGAAGUGUUCGACUUUGCUAACACCAAGGAAGAGCCCACUGAUAAAUGGAACAAGCGUCUGCAUGUCUUCCACAAGCUCAUGUUCGUAGCCACCUUCCGGAAGCCGCGUUUCCUGCUCAAUGUGGUUAGCUACCUGCAUUCAACCGUGGGUAAAUACUUUACGGAAGUCUCCGCCUCGGGCACACAGCUGAGCACAGUCUAUCUGGACACCUCGGCUAUAACACCAUUGAUCUUUGUACUGUCCACCGGCUCGGAUCCCAUGUCGGGCUUCCUUAAGUUUACCAAUGAAAUGAAAUUUACGGAAAAGUAUUAUUCCAUAUCAUUGGGUCAGGGCCAGGGUCCACUCGCCGAAAGUUUGAUUGAUAAGAGUUUACGCCUGGGUCACUGGGUCUUUCUGCAGAACUGUCAUCUGGCCACCUCCUGGAUGCGUGUGCUGGAGAGCGUAGUACGCAAUCUGACGCUGGGCAUAACCAAGGCGCAUCCCGACUUUCGUUUGUAUCUCUCAUCCAUGCCCUCACAGUCCUUUCCCAUCAGUGUGCUACAGAAUUCCGUUAAGAUUACCAAUGAACCGCCCAAAGGCAUUAAGGCGAAUGUUAUUGGUGCGCUGAGUGACCUGAAGACGGAGUUCUUUGAGGAGCACAUCCAGAACGGCACAUGGCGCGCGAUUGUCUUCGGAUUAUGCAUGUUCCAUGCGGUGCUUCUGGAACGUCGCAAAUUUGGCCCACUUGGCUGGAAUAUCACAUACGAGUUCAGUGAGAGUGAUCGCGAGUGCGGACUGAAAACUCUGGACUUCUUUAUCAAUCGUGAGGUCAAGGCCGACAUACCUUGGGAGGCCAUACUCUAUAUCAAUGGCGACAUCACCUGGGGCGGUCGAGUUACCGACUACUGGGAUCUGCGCUGCCUGCGCACAAUAUUAACCAUAUUCUCAUCGGAGCGCAUUAUACAGCCGGAUUAUAAAUAUUGUCGCGGCGAUUCGUACUAUAGAGAUCCGCAGGGCAAAACGCUUAAGGAGUACGCAACGUUUGUGCUUGGCUUUCCGGUGCUAGAGGAUCCCGAAAUCUUUGGCAUGAACCAGAACGCCAACAUUGUGUUCCAGACGAAGGAGACGGACUUCUUUAUUAGCACACUGCUACUUGGUCAGCCGCGUUCCGCUGCCGAUGAGGGUCAGGCCAUGGAGAAUGAUCUCUGCCAGCAGAUUAUAGCACGCAUACAGUCGUCCCUGACCAAUAAGAUACAGCGUGAGCCCAUCCACGGUACCCUGACCGUGCUGGAUAGCAAGGGUCAGAUGCCGUCGUUGACUACCGUCUUGGUGCAGGAGAUCGAUCGCUUUAACAUUGCGCUAGGCAUUGUCCAUGAUAGCUUGAGCAAUCUGUCGAAGGCGAUUAAAGGUAUAGUUGUCAUGUCUGAGGAUCUGGAGCUGGUGUUCCGUGCACUGUUGGCUAACCAGGUGCCGGCCAUGUGGGCCAAGCGCAGCUUUCUGUCCAUCAAACCGCUGCCCAAUUAUAUUGUGGACUUUCAGCGUCGCAUCGACUUCAUUCAACAGUGGGCUGAGAAUGGUGCGCCACGUUCCUAUUGGAUAAGCGGCUUCUUCUUUCCGCAAUCCUUCCUCACCGGCAUAUUGCAGACAUAUGCACGUCGUCGCAUCCUGCCCAUUGAUUCGCUGAAGAUUGACUUCCAGGUCAUCGAAUUGGAGCUAGUGCAGCAGGAUUUCUUCGAGCUGCACAAUGCACAUGGCAAUGACGGACGUCUCUAUGGCAAUCUGGAGGAGUGCACGGAUGCAGAGAUCAAUGUGCAUGGCAUCUUUGUGGAGGCCGCUCGCUGGGAUCUGAGCAAGGGUGGAUUGACUGACGCCCGCUUUGGCGAGCUAUAUUCGCGCAUGCCCGUCGUACGCUUCAUGCCCUGCCUGGAGAUUGGCACCACGCUCCGCUAUGAGGCGCCGCUCUACAAGACCCAGCAGCGUUCCGGCGUGCUAUCCACAACUGGUCACUCGACUAACUUUGUCCUGUCCAUAUUGUUGCGCAGCAAAAACGAUCCCGAGUUCUGGAUAAUGCGUGGCACUGCACUUGUCUGUGCCGUCUUGGAGAAUGUCUCCUAACGUUUGAUGCGGGAUACUAUACAUAUAUUUAUGUAUAUAUUCAUCUAUAUACAUAUACAUAUAUAUAUUAGGCGUCUUUAUUUCGUACAAUUCGUUUCAAUUAUGUUUUGGGUUCUCUUUGAGGCAUAACCCAAGUAAUACAAUUUCUAUAUGUA